AUGGCCGCCCCCGAGACCGGCAGCACAGGCGGUGUGAUCAGCUACGUGGGCUCCAGUGGCACCUCGCCCAACCGCACCAGCCCUGUCUCGCUCUGCAGUGACAGCUCCAACAGCAGCUCCCAGUCCGGCUCCCAGCCCUUCCCCACCUACUUUCCCCCAUCGCCCACCGGCUCCCUUCAGGAUUCCCGUGCCUAUGGUGGGGGCUCGCUGGCCCCCCAUGAGGAUGCUUCCCCUUCCUCCUCCGCCUCCUCCUCGUCGUCGUCGUAUGGCUCCUCGGUGAACUUCCCUGGGGUGCAGCAGGUCCCUGCGGAUGAGCGACGCCGCAGCUCUCCCAGCAAAGCUGGCAGCACUGUCACCAAGCUGAACGGGAUGGUGCUGCUCUGCAAGGUCUGCGGGGAUGUCGCCUCCGGCUUCCACUACGGUGUCCACGCGUGCGAGGGCUGCAAGGGCUUCUUCCGCCGCAGCAUCCAGCAGAACAUUCAAUACAAGAAGUGCCUCAAGAACGAGAACUGCUCCAUAGUCCGCAUCAACCGCAACCGCUGCCAGCAGUGCCGCUUCAAGAAGUGCCUGCUGGUUGGCAUGUCCCGCGACGCGGUGCGCUUUGGGCGCAUCCCCAAGCGGGAGAAGCAGCGAAUGCUGGCGGAGAUGCAGAGCGCCAUGAGCAUGGGCAGCGUCCCCCCGGCCAUGCCCAGCCCCGGCGAGGGUCCAGCACCGGGCGGGGGCCGCGCACCGCCACCGCCCCCCGGCCCCCCACCGCUCGCCCCCGCUGCCUGCUUCUCGCAGUUCCCCCAGCAGCUGACACCCCCCCGCUCGCCCAGCCCUGGGGGGGCCACCGAGGACGUCAUCGCGCAGGUGGCCAAGGCACACAAGGAGAUCUUCGUCUACGCGCACGACAAGCUGGGACCCCCCCCGGCCUGCGACGGCGGCCUCCUGCGAUGGGACGCGACCCCUGCGUGGACCCCCGGCCCCCCUGAACCCCGGCUCUGCCCCCCCGCCUACCCCGAGCCCCCGGUGCGGGGCUGCCCCUGGCCCCGCGGCACCAAGGACGUCCUGCCGGCCUGCCCCAUGAACAGCCACUUGCCCGGCCGCAGCGGGCGCUCGGUGCAGGAGAUCUGGGAGGAUUUCUCCCUCAGCUUCACCCCUGCCGUCCGAGAGGUCGUCGAGUUCGCCAAGCACAUUCCCGGCUUCCAGGCCCUCUCCCAGCACGACCAGGUCACCCUGCUCAAGGCUGGCACCUUCGAGGUGCUGAUGGUUCGCUUCGCUUCGCUCUUCGACGUGAAGGAGCAGACAGUGACCUUCAUGAGCAGGACGAAGUACAGCCUGGAGGAGCUGUGGGGCAUGGGCAUGGGCGACCUGCUCAGCUCCAUGUUCGAGUUCAGCGAGAAGCUCAGCGCCCUGCAGCUCAGCGACGAGGAGCUUGGGCUCUUCACCGCCGUCGUGCUGGUGUCGGCAGACCGCUCGGGGAUGGAGGACACGGCGUCUGUGGAGCAGCUGCAGGAGACCCUGAUCCGUGCCCUGCGGGCGCUGGUGCUGAAAACUCACCCGGCCGAGACCUCCAGGUUCACCAAGCUGCUGCUGAAGCUGCCGGACCUGCGCACCCUCAACAACCUCCACUCCGAGAAGUUGCUCUCCUUCCGCAUCGACGCCCAGUAG